AUGGGAAAGGGGCUGGAGGGCACAGCGGCCCGCUGCGGGCUGGGACUGGGAUACCUGCUGCAGACGGUGGUGCUCCCCGCCCUGGCCGUCCUGGGGGCCAGCCGCCCCGGCUCCGCCGCGCAAGAUGAUGACUUUUUUCAUGAACUUCCAGAAACUUUUCCAUCUGAUCCUCCAGAGCCAUUGCCCCACUUCCUCAUUGAACCCGAAGAGGCUUACAUUGUAAAGAACAAGCCUGUGAAUCUGUACUGCAAAGCAAGUCCAGCCACACAGAUCUAUUUUAAGUGCAACAGUGAGUGGGUUCAUCAGAAGGACCAUGUGGUGGAUGAGAGAGUAGAUGAAACCUCUGGUCUGAUUGUGCGGGAGGUCAGCAUCGAGAUUUCCCGGCAGCAAGUGGAGGAGCUCUUCGGGCCGGAGGAUUACUGGUGCCAGUGCGUUGCCUGGAGCUCCGCAGGCACCACCAAGAGCCGGAAAGCCUACGUCCGCAUUGCGUAUCUCCGGAAAACUUUCGAGCAGGAGCCCUUAGGGAAAGAAGUGUCCCUGGAGCAAGAGGUCCUGCUCCAGUGCCGUCCCCCUGAAGGCAUCCCAGUAGCUGAGGUGGAGUGGCUGAAGAAUGAAGAGGUGAUUGAUCCUGUAGAAGACCGAAACUUUUACAUCACCAUUGAUCACAACCUGAUCAUCAAGCAAGCCCGGCUUUCUGACACCGCCAAUUACACCUGUGUUGCUAAAAACAUUGUGGCCAAAAGGAAAAGCACCACAGCAACUGUGAUUGUCUAUGUGAAUGGAGGCUGGUCCACCUGGACAGAGUGGUCUGUGUGUAACAGCCGCUGCGGGAGAGGAUUCCAGAAGCGCACGAGGACCUGCACCAACCCUGCCCCACUCAACGGCGGCGCCUUCUGCGAGGGCCAGAGCGUCCAGAAAAUAGCUUGCACCACUCUGUGUCCAGUGGAUGGCAAAUGGACAUCCUGGAGCAAGUGGUCCACCUGUGGCACGGAGUGCACCCACUGGCGCCGGAGAGAGUGCACGGCCCCAGCUCCCAAGAAUGGGGGGAAGGACUGUGAGGGGCUGGUGCUGCAGUCCAAGAACUGCACGGAUGGGCUCUGCAUGCAGGGUUUCAUUUAUCCUAUUUCAACUGAACAGAGAACCCAGAAUGAAUAUGGAUUUUCUUCUGCUCCUGACUCAGAUGAUGUUGCUCUCUACGUGGGGAUCGUCAUUGCUGUCAUCGUGUGCCUGGCUAUUUCCGUGGUCGUGGCCCUGUUUGUCUAUCGCAAGAACCACCGGGACUUUGAGUCGGAUAUUAUCGACUCCUCGGCACUGAAUGGGGGAUUUCAGCCUGUCAACAUCAAGGCUGCAAGGCAAGACCUCCUGGCAGUGCCACCAGACCUCACUUCUGCUGCAGCCAUGUACAGGGGUCCUGUGUACGCCUUGCAUGAUGUCUCUGAUAAAAUCCCAAUGACCAACUCUCCAAUCCUGGAUCCGCUCCCCAACUUGAAGAUCAAGGUUUAUAACACCUCUGGUGCAGUCACUCCCCAGGAUGACCUCUCUGACUUCUCCUCGAAGCUGUCCCCACAGAUUACACAGUCCCUGCUGGAGAAUGAGACCCUGAACAUGAAGAACCAGAGCCUUGCUCGGCAAACUGACCCAUCAUGCACAGCAUUUGGGACCUUCAACUCCUUAGGAGGCCACCUAGUAAUUCCCAGUUCAGGAGUAAGUUUGCUGAUCCCAGCCGGAGCUGUUCCACAAGGGAGAGUCUAUGAAAUGUAUCUGACAGUUCACAGGAAGGAGAACAUGAGGCCACCUGUAGAAGACAGCCAAACCCUGCUGACACCAGUGGUGAGCUGUGGCCCUCCAGGAGCCCUGCUAACCCGGCCCGUCAUUUUAACCAUGCACCACUGCGCAGAGCCAAACACAGAGGACUGGCAGAUCCAGCUGAAGCACCAGGCUGCCCAGGGACCAUGGGAGGAUGUGGUGGUUGUUGGAGAGGAGAACUUCACUACCCCGUGCUAUAUCCAGCUGGACCCAGAGGCCUGCCAUAUCCUGACAGAAACCCUCAGCACCUAUGCCUUGGUGGGACAGUCAAUCACCAAGGCAGCAGCCAAACGUCUCAAACUGGCCAUCUUUGGACCUCUGUCCUGCUCUUCCCUGGAGUACAGCAUCCGGGUCUACUGCCUCGAUGACACCCAGGAUGCUCUUAAGGAGGUCCUCCAGCUUGAGCAGCAGAUGGGUGGGCAGCUUUUGGAAGAGCCUAAAGCUUUGCAUUUCAAGGGAAGCACCCACAACCUCCGUCUGUCCAUUCAUGACAUUGCCCAUUCUCUCUGGAAGAGCAAGCUGCUGGCUAAAUACCAGGAAAUUCCCUUUUACCACAUCUGGAGUGGAUGUCAGAGGAACCUGCACUGCACCUUCACACUGGAAAGGUUCAGUCUGAAUACCCAGGAGCUGGUGUGCAAACUGUGUGUGCGGCAGGUCGAAGGAGAAGGACAGAUCUUCCAGCUCAACUGCUCUGUCUCAGAGGAACCUACUGGCAUCGAUUAUCCUCCCAUGGACUCAGCGGGCACCAUCACCACCAUCGUGGGGCCCAGUGCUUUCAGCAUCCCCCACCCAAUAAGGCAGAAGCUGUGCAGCAGCCUGGAUGCUCCCCAGACCAGAGGCCACGACUGGCGCAUGCUGGCCCACAAGCUGAAACUGGACAGGUACUUAAAUUAUUUUGCCACGAAAUCCAGUCCCACCGGGGUGAUCCUGGAUCUCUGGGAAGCCCAGAAUUUCCCUGAUGGCAACCUGAGCAUGCUGGCAGCAGUUCUUGAGGAAAUGGGAAGACACGAAACAGUUGUUUCUUUGGCAGCAGAAGGAAAUUACUAA